GAGUGGGUGGUGGAGGUGGAGGCUUGUGUCUGCUGUGUAUUUUUUUUUGUCUCUGUAGUUGGCGGAGGUGGGCGGCUUUUACCGAGAAACCGCUGAAGCUCGGGAGUGGACAGGAUGUUUCGUCUUAACUCACUCUCUGCAUUGGCAGAACUGGCUGUGAGCUCUCGAUGGUACCAUGGGGGGUCACAGCCCACCCAGACCAGACGACGACUGAUGAUGGUGGCUUUCCUGGGAACAUCUGCAAUAACUGCAAGUACUGGUCUCUUGUGGAAAAGGGCCCUUGCAGAAUCUCCACCAUCUGUAAACAACCCAAAGAGUGAACUUGGCGAUAAAAGAAAGAAUAAAGAUGAAGGGGAAGUUUGUAAUCAUGAAAAAAAGUCUUCAGAUGUUUGUCUUGAACCUAAUCCAGAAGAGAAAAAGAAGAAACGUUCUGGAUUCAGAGACAGAAAAGUGAUGGAAUAUGAGAAUAGGAUUCGAGCAUAUUCCACACCAGACAAAAUCUUCCGAUAUUUUGCCACCUUAAAAGUAAUCAGUGAGCCUGGUGAAUCUGAAGUAUUUAUGACUCCACAAGAUUUUGUGAGAUCCAUAACACCCAAUGAAAAACAACCAGAACACUUGGGUCUGGACCAGUAUAUAAUAAAACGCUUUGAUGGGAAGAAAAUUGCCCAGGAACGAGAAAAAUUUGCUGAUGAAGGUAGUAUAUUUUAUACCCUUGGAGAAUGUGGACUCAUAUCCUUUUCAGACUACAUUUUCCUUACAACUGUUCUCUCUACUCCUCAGAGAAAUUUUGAAAUUGCCUUCAAGAUGUUUGACUUGAAUGGAGAUGGAGAAGUAGACAUGGAGGAGUUUGAACAGGUGCAGAGCAUCAUUCGCUCCCAAACCAGUAUGGGUAUGCGUCACAGAGAUCGUUCUACUACUGGUAACACUCUCAAGUCUGGCUUGUGUUCAGCUCUCACAACCUACUUUUUUGGAGCUGAUCUCAAGGGGAAACUAACAAUCAAGAACUUCCUUGAAUUUCAGCGUAAACUUCAGCAUGAUGUUCUGAAGCUAGAGUUUGAACGCAAUGACCCUGUGGAUGGGAAAAUUACUGAGAGGCAGUUUGGUGGCAUGCUGUUGGCCUACAGUGGGGUGCAGUCUAAGAAGUUGAUUGCCAUGCAGAAGCAGCUCAAGAAGCACUUCAAAGAGGGAAAGGGUCUGACAUUUCAGGAAGUAGAGAACUUCUUUACUUUCCUAAAGAAUAUUAAUGAUGUGGACACUGCAUUGAGCUUUUACCAUAUGGCUGGAGCAUCUCUUGAUAAAGUGACCAUGCAGCAGGUGGCCAGGACAGUGGCUAAAGUGGAACUCUCAGACCAUGUGUGUGACGUGGUGUUCGCGCUCUUUGACUGCGAUGGCAAUGGGGAGCUGAGCAAUAAGGAAUUUGUUUCCAUCAUGAAGCAACGGCUGAUGAGAGGCCUAGAGAAGCCCAAAGACAUGGGUUUCACCCGCCUCAUGCAGGCCAUGUGGAAAUGUGCACAAGAAACCGCCUGGGACUUCGCUUUACCUAAACAGUAACCCAAAGCUGGAAGAGGGGCCAUUCCUCCCCGGCCAGCACCCUGGUCCCUUGAGCAGAGCAGAGCCCUUCCUGAUGCUAAUUCUGGAAGUAGGUUUCUUUCUUCCUGGGAAUGAUCUCAGGAUUCAACCAGUUUCCCCUCUCUACCCUCUCACUGUCCUAGCAUUUGGCUAGGCUCUGAGUCUGCCUGGUGACUAUCCCCACAGGGUCUCAGAAACAUGAACAAGACCUCAAAACUCAGAUUUAGGGCACUUUCAACGGUAUACCCAUUUAAGCACCCUACAGACAAUGAGAGAACAAUCCACACACCUACUAACCCUGGGAAACACCCAAUGCUUGAGUUGUUUUUGCUGUGGAUUUAUAUUAACAAGAAUGCUCCUUGCUUUUCUUCCUACUACAAGGGUUUCUUUAAAGCUACAAGUUGGGAAAACUUUUGGCAGGCAAAAGUAUCAUUCUGUGAUGAAUGGUAGUAAGGAUGACUCGGGCAUCCUGAGCUGGCAGGAAGCCUGGGCCAGUGGAGGGAUCUGUGUCAGUCCUCAGGCCAGCUCUGAGGCCUGCUCUGGGAAGGCGAUGUGCACAGUGGAAACAGAGCAAGACUUGGAAUUUAAAGCAGCUGUUUCGUGGCUCUCUCCACUCCCUUCUUUUCCUCUAGGGCUCCCUAAGAAGACUCCACCAUGACUCUGCUUAUGAGCAGCAGUGACUGAGUUUAUGUUCCCUGCAAGUGCCAUUGCCCCUCCAAGAGUGUGUCUCGGAAGCUGAGGCCUAGCUCAGGGCCUAGCUCAGGGCCUGUCUGCCCUCCAUCUUAAACAGUUGUAAAAUAUCAUUUUAAUUAUAACAGUUUGCAAUAAGCCCCCCCCAAAGGCUCUUGUCUCCUGGAUUUUAGGACCCUCUGGAGCACUUUUUAUUUCACUUCUCCACCAGGUUUGAGAUCCCGCUUGCAGUGACCUAUUUUCUUUCUACCAGAGUCUGGUUUGUCCUGUUGAAAGACAGCUUUAGGCACAACAAAAAUGAGACUGUUCAGAGGCUAAGGGGGACACUGUUCCAGCACAGUUCAGAUAGCAUUUCAUCCUGGGCCAAGACACAGUGUCCUUGAUUACUCAUAACCCACGAUAAGGAAUGAAGAUGGCUGGUGGAGUAUAUAUGAGAAGUCAUCCAGUAUGGUGAACCUAGGCUUUAAGAGCCACAGCAACCAGUGUUUUAUAUGAACUCAACUCUGUCACUAACUCAACGUGCCCUUGAGCAAGUAAUUUCCCAUCUGUUUCCUCAACUAUAAAAUGACAGGGUUGAGUUUAAUGCACUUUAAGUUUUCUUCCAGUUCCAAAAGCCUCUCCUUCAGCUCUCCUGCAGAAUAAUGUUCCCUUCAGGACAGUUUUUCUAGUCUAAUGUAAUAGAACCAUCACACCAAAACCCAGUGCUUCCUGCCAGGCCAGGAAGGUGGUAGGGAGGGCUCACCAGCCAAGAAGAGCAGAGACCUGGGUCCGCACCUAUGACUCCCCAAGGACGGUACCAGCACCAGCAUUUUCUCCAGAGCAAUUCAGCAACCUCACUUCUAACAUCCUUUCUGGGAACAGGUUAGAUUCGCUCUCAAAGGAGUUUGCCACUCACCUACCUCAGCUGUCUUCCACUCUUUCCUUUCCGGGGCUAUGUAUCCCUGGUACCCAAGUGGAGUCUUUGCCUUGCUCAUUGCCCCAGGGCUGAGGCAUUAGCAAAAUGUGAGCUUUCUUAAAUUUGUCCCAGAAUCCCAAAAUCACUCUUUUCCUUGGACCUUGUUUCUUCAGCCUAAAAGGGACCCAUUUAUAGCCUUCGUGGAGCAUUCACUCCCUACAAAAAGAGAUCUGCUAAUCAGCCUGGGUUCACUGAAGCUGAAAGCUAGAGCACUGUAGGAGAGGGUAAGGAUCUCAACUACAACAUCUUGAAACCUGGGGUCAAGGGCACAUAUCACAGGGAUAUGGAAUUCCAGCUGAACACCUUUAGCUCCUGGGAGUAUCUGAGGAAGCAGAAGAAGUGCAGGUGCUCAAGAAGACAGGAUGGCCAUAAUUCGGCAGAAUGGGAUAAAUGUACAUGUAAGAGGCACUAGCCAAGUCACCCAGAUGAGCCCAUGGUUCCCCAAGGAAGUCCUUGAGCAAGAUGGCAUGUGAGGAGACUGAGAGGAUUUUAGUAGGCAGACGUUGGGGGUAGGCUGCGAGCAUUUGGGAAUACAAAAGACUGAUUGUGCUUCUCUUUUUACUCAAAUUAUUUCUUCUGCCUCCAUAGAAUAAACUUCCCCUUCUCCUUCAAGACUCAGCUCAAACUGUCCCCCCCUAAGGAAGCCCUUCAGGAUCCUCGUCCAGGCAAGACUGUAGCCCCAUCCUUGCCUCCCACGGUUCACUUGCCCCCCCAUCAUAACACUGCUGUAAUUCGAUCUAAUUUUUGUGAGAUUGUCACCCCCAAAGUUGAGACCCAAAGCAGUGAUAUGACCAAAGAAACAGCCACCACUGAAGGUAACUUAAAAUUUUAAGUCUUAGACAAUGUAAAAGUGAUUCCAGCAGCACCUCAAUAAGCUUCUCCCACAUACUCACUGCCACUCCCCACUUCUUUGGUUGUUUUCUCUACUUUAAAAAAAUAAAAUAACUCUCCAGUCUAGCCACUAGGCUUUGGGGAGGGAAGGAAUUUCAGAAGUGACCCAGGCUGCUGGGCUCCCUUGGCUGUGGGCCAUCAUCCACAAGGGCAGCUGGGAGAACAGGAGCGUUACUAAGGAAAAUGGGCUUUAGAAUCUGCAAGCUCUUCAAAACGUAUUUUAAUAGCUUUUAAAGCCCCACCCAGUUUUAGGUCUGGUUGGAGCAUAUGCACUCGGACUGAAGUGGAGACCAAGACAACAGAGAAGUCCAGGCAACGACUACUACCAGAUAGAGAGUAAGGGACAACAGCAUGGGAGCCAGGAGCCAGGUCCUCCAGCCAGAACAUCCACCCCAAGCCUUAACAUAGCCCAAGCUGGAGGAUGUGACACGCAGCUUGGCAAAGAAAAGGAAGCAGAGGUAAAGUUAAAUUUUCAGGCUUCAGAUGCCACCUGCUGGCAAGACGGCUGAGCGUGCAGACUCACUGGUCUGGAGCAGAGGAGGGAGGCUGCUUUAGUCGAGCCCCAGCCCUUUUCUAAUAGGCCUCCCAGGCUCCUAAGCAGCACAGGUUUGAGUGGGAUGAGCAGCCAGAGAUGGACCAUAACCAUGGGAGGGAUGCUAUGGACAUGAUUAUAACAGAAGGAAAGAAGCUAUGCUUGUGUAUUGUUCUCUAUGGCUCCAGAAUGGGAAUUUUUACCAGCAAAUGAGAGGGUAUGAGUUACUCUAUUCAUUGCACCACUCUUUACUGCUCACCAACCAUGUGCCAGGCACUGAGCAAGGUCUCCAAGCAGUUUGCAUUCUAGUGAGGAAAACAGAAAAGAAGCAAUAAGGCUAAGUUCGUCUGCUAUAAGAGCACUUGGAAAAGCAGAAGGGCCAUCUAAUCCAGAUUUUGGAGUGCAAGCAGGCUUUCAUAGUAAAUUUUUCUUUUUUUUAAUAAAAAAAAUACUGAGGUCUGAGAGUUCAAUAAGAGUUAACAAAGGAGGAAGGGGGAGUGCCCAGGCAGAGGGUACUGAGUGUGCAAAAGUCCAAAGGCCAAAAAGUAUAUUUCUGUGAACAGAAGCUCUAGAGAGUACCCAGUGCAGAAGACUGGGGAGUGAUUUUGUGACCCAGAAGUUAAUUAAGUCACAAAAAAAGAUCAAAAAUUACAUGUGGGCAUUUUAAAAUACACUUAGAGGUUACAGAAAAAAUCAUGAUGAAAAUUUUUAAAUGCUAUGGGAAAAUAGUCAUGUGUUCAACAAAUAACUUAUUGAAGCUCAAAUUAAAAAUUCAAUUACCUAUCAAUCAUUCACACUCUUGGGUGAAUUCUCAUCAUCUUCAAUGUGAGGUUUAGGUUUGUUUUUUUUUUAAUAGGUAAACAUUCACAUGGUUCCAAAAGCAAACUUACAUAGAAAGAAACACACUGGAAAGCUUCCCAACCAUUCCCACAGCUGCAUAGUAUUCCACUGUAUACAAUAGUGUGAUCGAUAAGGGUACUUUCUUCAAUGAGGGAUUUUGGAGCCUGGAGCUCUCUGAAAGGAAGGCCUCAGUGUGGGUCACAUUUGGAGGCAGCAGGGGACAAAGGUGCAAAGGAGAGGAAGUGAGAGAUACUCCACUGACUUGGCAAUUCUUCCUGAAGUCUUAGGAAGGAAUUUAUCCCCCUGGCUAGCUCAGUGAAACCCUGGAUAAGGUGUCUGGGGAGAGAAAAACCUGUCUCUGGGAUUCAUCUAUUCUGUUCACUGAACAGAUACCUAUUGAGCCCACUGUAGGUAUCAAGCCCUGUGCUCAGACCCUGGGGAAUAUGGGAGCCAGAUCGCCACCUUAGUUUAGCUGGAGACAGGUGGGCCAGCUGCGCACAGCAGUGAGGGUGAGUGUUCAAGGAAGGGCCAGGCUCGGGUGCUAUGGGAAUUCCAAAUGGAGAGCUCAUGGAGGAGGCCUUUUCUCAGCCUCAAACUCUGGCUCAGAUGUAAUCUUGCCCAGAAAGCCCUUUAAGUCCUAUACAAAACUAACAGCCCCCUCUCUCAAGCCUUCUCUGGGGCUGACACACAAUCCCACUGUUAUGCUAACCACACCAUCCUGUAAUUCUUUUAACAUCAAUCUCCCUUACUAGACUGAGCUCCCCACUGCCAGGUUCGGGCUUUUAUUCAUGGCGCAUCUCUGAAUCUGUAAAGUUCUGCUCAGUGCCUGGCUUGCAGUAUAGACAUGUGACUACUAAAUUAAUUCUGCCUCUUAACAGAGAAGAUAGAGUUUAAGCUGAGCCCUGAUGUAUGAAUUAGACUUUGGUAGGAUGGAAAAGAUAACGAAGGAGGACAGGCAGAUAGAUAGAGGCGGGAUGACAUGUACCUUACUAGACAUGGGGAGGGGACAAUAGGAGAAUAAUUCAUGUUAAAGUCAGACUGAAUUCUUGGUGUCCCCAGGAAAGAGAAAUCUGGAGGAUGGUGGUCACUUAAUACAAGGGCAACUUCAGCUCUAGUUGAAAAAUGAGGAGAUGCUAAGACUCACUUGGAGAUUCAUUUUCUCAGUUACUUCUCCUGGGUGUCUGUGGAGGCACUUAAGGAUUGAGCCCCAUUCUCCCACAAAUACCAUGAUUCCAACUAGUCAGGAUAGAAGUUCCCAUUUUUUCCUUAGAUCCAAAAUCACGACAUCUUGAUUUCAAGACUAUCAAGGAGAAGAAGCUGUCAUUUCAGGUCAUUCCUAGCAUACCAAUUCCAUUUUUAAACAAAAUCUAUAGACUAAGGAUCAUAAUCUUUACCAGGUUUUACUAAGGACCUGAGCAGAAGUGUGGCUCUCUUCCUGGCCUUUGGACUGAGAAGGACCCAUAGAAAGUCAAACUGCAUCAGAACAAAAACCAAUACACCCAGUUUGAGAUCUAAAAGAAUGGUAGAGUGUGAUAACAUGGAGGCUGGUUAGACCUCAGUUUAUAAUUCCCUCUGAAACAACAAAGUCUAUCUGAAUUGAAACAAUUUGGGAACCCAGCUCAGCAGCAGAAGGGAGGGAAGGAGAAAAAUGCGAAAAUAAGGUGUAACAAGAUACCAUCCCACCACACACUCGGGCUGCCUCUCCAGAUCCUUACUGCUCCAUACCCUGCCAACCAAGCCAAAUUACUGACUAGACUCAAAGGUUAAAUAAAAUUUUGUCAUGUUUAUGCAUUGUGGAAAGGAGAGGAGGGCUCACCAGCCAGUAGCUGGGCAAUCACAGUCCAAUUCCUUAACACAACAAAAUCACAGGCCUUCUUUAACACAGGAGUGCACUCCUCACAAACUGAAGUACCUUCAGUGGCUGGCAGGAGAAGAGGGGCCUCAUGAUCCUCAGGAGAUGGAGGAGGAGAUUUCAUGAUACUUCACAGGAGAGAGGAAGAGGGACACUGAAGUCCUCCGUCAGAAACCUCAGGCUAUUUGAAAGUCAUCCCAGUGUUUACCAUUAACAUACAUUAAGGAAUUGAAACAGUUUGGGAGACCUAUCAAUUUAUUGAGACCUUGACUCUCUCUAAGUGUUGGGCUGUCUUAUUAAGGAGGGGCUGAUUUCCUCACCACCGGGAUACUCUAGCAGGCCAGCUUGCAGUCACAGGAGUUUGCAUCAGGAUGGGAAUAGUGGGAAUGAGAAGGAAGGUUUGAUGUAAAGCUGUGAGCAGGCUUUUUUAUUACACUGAAAAAAUAAAAGCUAUCUGGAAAGAACUUCCACAUGUUCCCACUUCGAAAAUGACCAGCUGGCCUGCAGCACACCUUGCCACCCUGCCUUUCCUCCAGAAAAUUAAUGAGUUGUCCAUGUGGCCGUCUAAGACCAUCCCUCACUUGUGCUCCAGAUCCUGCCUCCUCUGUCUACUGCCAUAGUGGUCUCCUUCCUUCCCUGCAUUACCAAAAUGUAUUGUCCAAUUAAAUAAUUCCCAUCACAGAAUGCAAUAGUACACCCCAUCUUGAAAAAACAAAAUACUUCCCCACAUUCUUCUCCACUAUCAAUCCAUUUCUUCCUCACCUUCAAAGAUCCAUACCUGACAGGCUUUCACUACCAUCCACUAAGAGCAGUCUUGUCAAGGUCACCACUGACCUCCACACUGUCACACCCAUUGGCCAUUUCCCAGUCCUCAUGUUGCUUGGUCUCUCCACAGAGUUCACCAAAGUUUGACCCCCUCCCUCCCUUUCUCUUGAAACAUUUGCUUCCCUUGGCUUCUGAGAACUCAUUUUCUCAUCUCACGAGCUGCUGCUUCAUUCUCCUUUCCUGGAAUCUCCUCUUCUUCCAGACCUCUAAAUAUUGGGGUUUCACAGUAUUAUAGCAAGUGGGUAGCCAGACAGGAGCAGGGAGGGGGUUGGGGACUUUGGCUGGUGUUUACAUUCAGUUAAAUGCUUGUUUACAUUCUGAACAUUCCUGUAAGCUGUUCUAGUGGGAUGUGGGGAGGGAGGUUAUUGAUACCAGACCUGACAAAACUGACUAGUUCCAACAUGGAAAAGUUGACCCCGACUUCACCUCAAAGUACAUUAUACUCAUUAGCAUACUAAAAAUCAUACCCUUGGCACCAUGAUAGUUCCAAGGAAGACCAUCUUAAAGACAAAAUAGGGUGUCACCCUGUUUCCCAGAAAUCCCCUCCCUAUUCUGAGAAAACCCCAGCCAACCUGUGGGGUUUAGUCCACCCCUGCUUAAGCUCCAGCUAUAAAACCACCCAACCCAAUCCCACCAUGCUGCUCACCUCCGGAGCACCCUGCACUCCUUCCUUGAGUGUGUACUUUGCUUUAUUAAACUACUCUUUGGUUUUAUCUGCUUCA